AUGGCCACAAACACGAACGAGCUGGAGAUCGAGAAGAGGUACCUGGCGGAUAUCGAGCGUGCGAAAGCGUUAAGCCUAGAAACACACGAGCUGGAAAAGAUCCGGGCCAAACAGCGGCAAGUGACACCGGAGCUGGCUCAGGAUCCAAAAACGCUCGAAGAGUACCGGGCGUACUUGCAGCGGCGUGUUGCAUGCGGAGCUGGCAACGUGCUGGGGUCGAUGGGUGCAGCCAGUACGUCAAACUUCUUAUCACCACCCACGGAUUCCUCUGGACCGGUGCGACGGUAUAGCGAUAGUCGGAAUCCGGGUAUUUUGGCGCGACAUUCACUUACAAACGAUCAACAUCCUAGCGGAAAAGCGCCCGAUCAAACAGAUCUUAUUUCGUUUAAUGCCAUUCCGAAACCGCCCGAUCCGAAGGAGGAAGCCCGGAACAACCUUAAGGAAUUGGUCGAGCAAAUGCACAGACUGAACACCCAACCGGCAGUUGGUGCUGGGACGCAGUUUGACCAGGGAUUCAAAACCCAGCGUAGCCUCAGCAUGUCCUCUGCAAGCUACGGGUUCCAUCAGAUGGCUUACCAGCCCGCUGGCACCCAGCAGGCUUCCGCGCUGUUUCAAGGACCUCACAAUGCCGCUUCGAUGCAGCUCGUUCCGUACAGUAACCAACAAACCUCGAAACCGAACCCUCUAACGCCGGAGGAAUUGCACCGUUUGUACAACAGUCCGCCGAUGUAUGCCGUAGCAACGGCAAAUCACGCUCCUGCACCUGGCAUCGUGGCUCCUCCGGUUUAUCCGGGCAAUAUAACAGCUCCCAUGUACGCCGGAGCACCUUACGGAACGGUGCCGGGUGUUAGUUUUCCUACCGUUCCGGUGGCCACUACCCAUCACACUUCAGCAGCUCAGAUACCUCAGAUGUCGCAGCCAUCAGUGCCGUUCGGUGUCCCUGUCGCUCCUUCCAGCUAUUCUUCACUGCACGCUACCGGUAUGAAUGGAGCGACACCGGUUAGCAAUCCGGAAUCGGCUCUAGUGCACGUACCUAAACUAGGCGCUGCCGGACGCUCGUAUUCGCAACCACAAAGCCAAGUGAUUGCUACAGCACUCGCUAGGCAACCAUCGCCGGCUCGGGACGGUGCGACGAAUGCAGCGGUCGUAAUGCGCGCGAAAAGCGAUCCCUCGGGACAGCUGCCUUCGAACCGGUUGGGAGCGAAGGGAACGGAUUUAAUCGAUCUGGGGUUCGAGGACAACCCGCGCGUGUCCGUGCUGGAAGCGUUCGAUCCGCUGCUGUGCGGCAAUCGCUCGUCCAGUGGUAGCAGCGCCGAAGACGAUAAAGAUGAAACGGCCUCCACCUACUACGAGGAUUACGAUCCGUUCGACUACAUCUACACCGGUGGCACACAGUACUCGGAUCCCGUCUAUGAAGCCGUCGUCAAUCGGUCCCUUUCGGAUAAAACAGCCACACCCCUAUCACCGCCGGCCUCCUUGUACGGUGCCGUAGGAGCAAUUCCACCCGAUACACCCGGCGGAUCCCUUUCCGAAAGCUGCACGUACGGAUGGGUUACGAGCCCUGGUGAAGUGUCCAUGUCCACGCCACUGGCCGCUGGAGAUGGUGAACCUCCACCAUUGCCACCGCGCAAUUCAGCUGGUGGUUUUUACCACACGAUGCUGCGAGGCACACCGGCCCACCACGACGAACAGUCGACGUACGAGAUCAUGCAACGAAAGAUGGCCCCGGUGGGUAAUACUGGACGUCGCGCUAUGCCCUACAAGCUGUACGAGAACGUGGUGGUUGCAAAGACCUGCGAUAAAGAGCUGGUUGCAUUUUACACGAUGGUGAAGCAGCUGAGAGACCAAUAUCAUUUUGAAGAUGAAGGCACAAAUGUGGGCCACAUUGUAGCAGCGGAAUUCGACAAUCGCUAUCAAGAGGGAACGAGCAUCAAGCUGCUGGUGCAUCCGGCUCUGGAUUGUUUCAGUGAAGGCGACCAAACGAAGGGUCAAAUUGAUGGCUACGGACCACCGAUACCAUUUACCUGUGAUAUUACGACCACGGUCGAGCAUGUGAUUGCGCAGGUGUACUGUGCGCUCGAGGGUCAAAUCCGGUUGACGGUGAGCGAUUACGUGCUGAAAGCGAUCGGCAUCCAAGAGAUCCUGUGUGUGCGAUCGCGUCUAAAUCAACUACAAUGUGUGCAUGAUAGCAUCAAGCUCGAACACGACGUUCAGCUAGGGUUUGUUCCGAAAACAGCCCGUACAAUGCGAGCGAUAGCGCGAACGGCACAGGACGACGAUCAGAAUGCGGAUCUGCGGCUGGAGCACCUAGUGCCGAAAGAAACGGCACUCUCGAUCGGUUACGACGAUCUCAUGAUCCUGUUAGAGACGCUCGAAGCUGAAAUCGAGAAGCUACAGUCUUCAGCCGACGAUGGACCAUCAGGUCGCACGAUCCUGUCCUGUUCCGGUGUGAUCCAAGCGGUGAAAGCAAUAUGCAACCUACUCGGAUCCCUCGAUACGCUAGAGAUUGCAAAAUCGAUCGAGGAGCUGCGACGGUACUGCGAUAACGUGCAAACCGUGUACAGCUACGGCGAAGGUGGAGAUGAACAGCUGUACAAUAAUGGCAGCCUCGCGAUCAUGUCUGAAAGCGGUGAUUACGCGGAGGUGAAGCUCAGACCACGCACAAUGCCUGAACAAAUCCGAUAUCGGUGCAACGAGGUACGCCACGCAAUCCAGAGCCUGCUGGAAAUCUACACCCGUGCAUUCCGCGUCAACUUCUGCGUAAACGUGCCCGAAUACAAUGCGAACCCGAUCUCGAUCUGCAACAUUUCGCAGGCAGUGAUGGUUAGCGUGACUUGUUUGCACCGACCUCCGAUGCAUUGGAAACACGACGAGUACAACCUCGGAGUGCAGAUUUACCACGGUGCCCGGUACAUUAGCGAACCGUACGUUGUGCAGUGCUCGAACGAGCUGUCCGGCAUCUACCCACGGUUGACGUUCAACUCGUGGAUCAUGUUCCGGAAUCCGGUCUGCACGAUGCCACGUGAAGCUCGCCUUGUGCUGGUGCUGUACGGUUGCACGCGGGAACCUGUAGAUGGUGGUGGAAGUGACGGAGGAACGGGCACGGCCAAUGCACCCCCACCCACCGGAGUGGGCGAUAGUGGCGGUUCAGAAGGGCGGAUGAUGAAGGUGGAGCUGGGUUGGAGUUCGCUGCAGUUUUUCGAUUUCGAACGGAAAAUGAUCCAGGGUUCGUAUCUGCUGCCGAUGUGGCCUCCGACGACGGAUAAGUACUUUGGACCGGCACCAUCGAAGGGCACGUACCCGAUCGGGGCCAGCUAUCCGAUUCUUGGCAUCGAAAUACCGAGUUACGGUGGUGCGGUGCUUUUCCCGGAACCGAUCUCCAAUCUGCCGCAGGUGGUGCAGCUGGAUUUUGCCAGUCUCGAUCGCAACCUGCAGCAGGAGUUAAUUGACACGGCCGAGCAGGGUUACUCACCGGAUAAGCUCGAGAAGCGGGAAGUACUGUGGGAAAAGCGCCACUAUCUGCAUCGGUUCCCGCACGCAUUGCCUAAGAUAUUGCACGCCGCGCAUAGCUGGGACUACGCUUGUUUGGCGGAUCUACACGCGCUCAUUAAAUCCUGGACAGUGCUCAGUCCGGUGCAGGCGCUGGAAUUGCUGCUGCCGCGUUAUCCGGAUCUGGAGGUGCGCCGUCAAGCCGUGGAGUGGAUUUCAGCUAUGCCAAACGACGAGCUGGUGGACUAUCUACCCCAACUGCUGCAGGCGUUGAAACACGACACUUAUGAGGGUUCACCACUAGCUAUCCUGCUACUCCGGAAGUCGCUUGAGUCACCGAGAAUAGCGCAUCACCUUUACUGGUUGCUGCUGCAUAGUCUGCCCGGUGAGGCACCCCAAAACAUGAUCGACACACAGGAGACGGUUUGUGACGAGGUGUUGAUGAAUCAGGCACGUUAUCACCGGCGUAACCUGCUGAUGUUGCGCGCGUUGCUGGCGAUUUGCGGUGAGAAGCUAACGAAGCGGUUCCUCUCGCAAAACCUGAUGUGCAAGCGACUCGGCGAAGUGGCUCAGAGUGUGAAGCAAGCGAAGGACACACACCGGUUGCAGAUGUUGAAACAGGGCCUCGAGUCUGUCAACCAGAUGCUGAUUGACGCUCCAACCGUGCUACCACUCGAACCGGGUUCCGAAGUGACCGGUGUGGUCGUACGCAGUUGCAACUACUUCAACUCGAACACGCUCCCGUUGAAGAUCACCUUCGCAGGACCCGAUCGAGUUGUGGUACCAGCCAUCUUUAAAGCGGGUGACGAUCUGCAGCAGGACGCACUCACGAUCCAGAUGGUGCGGAUCAUGGACAAGAUGUGGCUGCGUGAAGGGCUCGACCUAAAGAUGGUCACGUUUAACUGUGUGCCGACGGCGUACAAGCGUGGUAUGAUCGAACUUGUGUCAGAUUCGGAAACGUUGCGCAAGAUCCAGGUCGAGUGGGGUGUGACCGGGUCGUUUAAGGAUAAAUCGAUCGCGGAGUGGCUGGCGAAGCAGAAUCCAAGCCAGCUUGAGUAUCAGCGGGCGGUGGAGAACUUUACGCGCUCGUGCGCCGGAUACUCGGUGGCAACGUACAUACUCGGCAUUUGUGAUAGGCAUAACGACAACAUUAUGCUCAAGACGUCCGGGCAUCUGUUUCACAUCGACUUUGGAAAGUUUCUCGGUGACGCGCAGAUGUUUGGUAACUUUAAACGUGAUCGAACGCCAUUCGUGCUGACGUCUGACAUGGCGUAUGUGAUAAACGGAGGUGAUCGUCCGUCAGCCAAGUUCCAUCAGUUCGUCGAUCUGUGCUGCACGGCGUUUAACAUCGUCCGCCGGCACAGUGACUUGCUGUUGCACAUGUUUGCCUUGAUGGCAACUUCCGGCAUCCCAGGCGUGACGGUGGAAGCGGUAAAUUACGUCCGGAACGCGCUACUCCCGGGCCAAUCGAACCCGGAGGCAGCGGCCACAUUCGCAAAGAUGAUUCACAUCUCGCUCAAGUCGUGGUUCACGCAGUUUAACUUCUUCUUGCACAACAUCGCGCAGAUGAAGUUUUCCGCCGAAACGGGCGAUGGUGAGCUGUUGAGCUUUAUACCGCGGGUUUACACGAUGGCCCAAGACGGUCGGUUGAAAACGGUCGCAGUGCACGGGUUUCAGAAACGAUACGAUCAGGAGAAGUAUUACACGUACAUAUUACGGGUCGAGCGGCAGCAUCAACCGGACGCGGCGUACCUGUUCCGCUCGUACAAAGAAUUCUGCGAAUUCCACCAGAAGCUAUGCCUACACUUCCCGCUAGCCAAACUACACAGCCUACCAUCCGGCAUCCACGUGGGCCGGUCGAACGUUAAGGUCGUCGCCGAACGCCGUCUUCCAGAGAUCCGCCAGUUUCUCAUCUCGCUGUUCAACGCGGCCGACGAAAUCGCACAUUCCAACCUCGUAUACACGUUCUUCCAUCCGCUGUUGCGUGAUCAGCAGGAGGCUGACAUUAAUUCGGCUAAGGUGAAGGGUACACCUGCGGUUAUUGAAGAUGGCCAACCACCGACGGUCGGUGGGAAGAUAAAGAUUUCAAUGCAAUACCACCGGGACACGCUGAUCGUGAUGAUCCACCAUGCGCUCUCGCUACCGACGACACCGGGCGGUCAACCACCGAACACGUACGUGAAGGUGUACCUCAAACCGGACAGCUCGAAGGCGACCAAACGCAAAACCAAAGUCGUCAAGAAGAACUGCAACCCUAGCUUUAUGGAAACGCUGGAAUAUCGGCUCCCGCUCGAUUUCAUCCAGAAAAAGAUGCUGCAGGUGACGAUCUGGUCGCACGAUUCGCUGCAGGAGAAUGCAUUCCUCGGUGGCUUUGAGCUGCCACUGGCGGAGCUGGACCUGCGGUGUGAAAUGAUCCAGUGGUACCAGCUUGGGUACCUUUCGCGGGUUUAGAGUGAUCCAGCCUGUCCAGCCCAGCCAGCACAUCAUCGCUUCGUUUUUACUCACACACUCGUUUUGUGAUGC